AUGACCUUUCACGACAUCAGCUACAAACUGAAAGUGAAGACGGGCUACUUUGGCUUUCAAAAAACAGUUCAAAAAGAUAUUUUAACAGAUAUCAGUGGUGUCAUGAAACCUGGUCUCAAUGCAAUUUUAGGACCCACAGGCUCUGGCAAAUCAUCGCUAUUAGAUAUUUUAGCUACAAGGAAAGAUCCUCGCGGACUGUCUGGAGAGAUUUUGAUAAAUGGAUACCCUCAGCCUCCCCAUUUUAAACGUAUGUCCGGAUAUGUAGUACAGGAUGAUAUAGUGAUGGGGACCUUGACAGUAAGAGAAAAUUUAGAGUUCUCAGCAGCGCUUCGUCUGCCUUCUUCUAUGAGUUCACAGGAGAAGAAGGAGAUAAUUGACCAGAUCAUUGUGGAAUUGGAUUUGACUAAAGUUGUGGAUGCCAAGGUUGGCACUCAGUUUACUCGUGGAAUAUCUGGCGGGGAGAAGAAAAGGGUCUGUAUUGGACUAGAGCUCAUUACACACCCUCCAAUAUUGUUUUUAGAUGAACCUACCACUGGAUUGGAUUCCAGCACUGCCAAUGCUGUCAUGGAGCUCUUAAAAAGGAUGUCGGUGAGUGGGAAAACAAUUAUUUUUUCAAUCCAUCAGCCCAGAUACUCUAUUUUCAGAUUAUUUGACAGCCUAACGUUACUUGCUGCAGGAAAACUUGUGUAUCACGGCCUGGCUGAUAAAGCUCUGCCAUACUUCAGAUCUCUUGGUUUUGUCUGUGAAGCAUACAACAAUCCUGCUGAUUUUUUCAUGGAUAUCAUUAAUGGAGACUCUACUGCUGUUGCAGCUAACCAGGGAAAUCCUGAAGGAGAAGUUGCAAUCAUGUUAGCCCAGCAAUAUUCCCGAUGUGCUCAAUACAUAAAAAUGAAAGAAGAAUUAGAGGAGGUGUCUUCAGAAAAUAAAAAAAGAAAGAUAUCUUACCAUCUUAUUCCAUACUCCACUUCCUUUUGUCAUCAGCUCAAGUGGGUGUCCAAGCGCACCUUUAAAAAUUUGAUAGGCAAUCCACAAAACUCCACAGCUCAGAUAUGUAUUACAACUGUUCUGGGAAUAGUCAUUGGAAUUAUGUUUGCCAGUGUUAAAAAUGACAUCACUGGCAUUCAGAAUAGAGCUGGAGCUUUAUUCUUCUUGACAACCAAUCAGUGUUUGAAUAGCGUUACGACGGUUGAACUUUUUAUCACAGAGAAAAGGAUAUUUAUGCAUGAAUACAUAAGCGGUUACUACAGAGUGUCUGCAUAUUUCUUCUCAAAGAUAAUAGCUGAUGUGAUACCCAUGAGGACUUUACCUGGGAUCAUCUUCACCUGUUUAAAUUAUUUCAUAAUAGGAUUCAAGCCUACUGCACAAGCCUUCUUUGUCAUGAUGAUUACCCUUAUACUGAUCGCCUAUGCAGCUAGUUCGCUGUCUCUAGCGAUCGCAACGGGACAAAGCAUCUCAUCGGUUGCAAACCUCCUCAUCAACAUUUGUUUUGUUUUUAUGAUUCUUUUCUCUGGCUUGUUGGUAAAUAUUACAACUAUUCCUCCCUGGUUGCUGUGGCUACAGUAUUUUAGUAUCACCAGAUAUGGCCUGAAUGCUUUGCAAAUCAAUGAGUUCACUGGUCUCAACUUUUGUAAAGGAUCCACAACCGGGGUCAAUGUGACCUGUAUCACUCCCAGUCCAUUUACAAUAUGCACUGGUGAAGAUUAUCUGAAAAUACAAGGUAUCGACAUAACUCCUUGGGGCAUCUGGCAGAAUUACCUGGCUCUUGUAUGCAUGACAAUCAUUUUCCUCACAAUUGCAUACAUGAAGUUGAAACUUCAGAAAAAAUAUACUUGA